CUCCAUAUCAUGGGGCUGUCAGAAUCCACACUUUUAAAAUCACUUUUAACAAUCCGGUAAUUAUUUACCCAAGUUGGUGUUUUUUCCAGAAAGGCUAGGAGUUUCUUUUUACUUAUAUAAUAACAUGAUUAUAAAAGCAUAAAAAAUAGGUAACAAACCCAUUACUGAGUAAUUCGAAACCACCUAAAUACGGCUUAUGAGAUGUCAGCGAAAGUAGAUCCGACUGUAAAAUAUUUUUUAUUAUCAACAAUGUUAAUUGUAAUAAAACAUAUUGAGCAAAUUUUACAACUAUUUAAUAUUAUUUAACUAUUUUUGAAUAAGUAAAGUCACUUAUUAAAUAACUGAAUUUUACGACCAUAAAUAUGAAUUAUUUUGACAAUAUUCUCUUAAUUACCAUUCAAUUGCUUUAAGGUUUCGACAUAUUAACAAUCAGUUUCAAACGGUAAUUACCUAAAGGAGGGUCAUCGUUAACUUUCGAUAACAUUUUCAUUUGUCGGUUGUACUUAGCGUCUUCGAGAUGUCGUCGAAAGUCGUUACGGAAACCGUCCAGGAUAAUGGAAAAGACCAACUUUCUAAUUCGAGGGAAAUUGAUUGGUUAAAGGUACUUUUUCAAAUUCAAGUAACAUUGUCGGCCCUGUGUGCUUUUAGUUUCAUUAUAUAUGAUUCUUAUUGGACUACAAUAUUUUUUGGACUCACACUUACUUUCCUUGGACACAUAGGCGUCGCUGCAGGGGCUCACAGACUAUGGGCCCACCAGUCGUACAUAGCAAAUCGUCCACUAAGAUUUUUCUUAAUGUUGUGUCAAACUUUAUCAGGCACAGGUUCAAUAUAUGACUGGGUUCGAUGGCACAGAUUACACCACAAAUAUUUUGGUGCAGACCUGGAUCCCUACAAUCCCUCAAAAGGUUUUUUCUAUGCCCAUGUACAUAGCACAGUACUUAGGCUGAGUCCAGCACAAGAAAGGGCACUCAAAAACAUUGAUAUGAGCGAUAUCGAAGAUGAUGCAAUUGUUAUGUUUCAGAAAAAGUGGUAUAUUGCUAUGUAUUUGAUAAUAACGCUUCUACUACCAAUCAACGCACCGGCAGAAUACUGGGGUGAAAGUCUCUAUUCCUCCAUUUUCAUUUUAGGAUGGUUAAGAGGUACCAUUAAUCUCAACCUUUGUUGGUUAAUCAAUAGUGCUACGAAAAUUUGGGGACUUGAACCAGGAGAAAAAUACCCAUGCGAUACAAAUCUGGUCUUUAUCCUGAACAAGAGUAACUGGCUCUCAUAUCAUUAUAUAGCACCAUGGGACUACCAGACAAGUGAAUACGGUCAGUACGGUUCGGAUACCGUUUCGAAAUUCAUCAGAAUUUGUGAGGUGUUAGAAUGUGCUUCAGAUUUAAAAACAAUCGACAGCGAUACUGUCAGAAAAGCUUUAACAAUAUCAGUUGUAGAAAAGAGAAACAUCACGGAAUGUCUCUUGGAGUUGUGCGACUACUCGCAGAAGAAACCAAAUUUACUUUAACAAAUUAAAAUGUAUUAAAACUGCAAUUUUUGAAAUGUAAUUAAAAGCGAAAUUUAAUUUAUAUUAUGCAAAUAUAGAUGUAACAUUAUUUACAGAUUUUAGGGGUAUAUUUUUUACAUUAAAAGUAUUUUGGGAGAAUCAUUGUAAAUAAAUAUCCACCAAUUAAUGUGUAACAAAAUUUAGAAAGCCGCGGUCAAAACAUACAUCCCACUUUUGAGAAUAAUCGUUUUUAAAAAUAUUUAAAUAUUAAUAAAGAGUAUAUUUUUUUUUUAAUUGAUUUAGAAAAUAUUUAAUAUGAUAAAAAAAACCACAAAACUUUUCGAACUUUUAUUCAAAUAAAUCUUUAUUUUCAUUCUUUAUCUUUUUAACAUUAUCGUUUUGGUCUGAGAUUUUGAAAAAAUAUUUUUAAACUUGUAAUAUUUAUUAUGUUUUAAUGGAUUUGUGCCAUUUUUUUCUAUUUAAAAAAGUAGUUAUCAAAAUAUUAGAGUAACAUUUGAGUAAGAAUUGACAAAAAGUGUAACAGAAAAAUAUAUAUAGGUACCUGAAACAAAACAUUUUAAUUAUGUAUUUGAAACAAUAUAGUUUUUGUUAGAGUUCCUAAUUUUUGUUAUAACAAAUGAAUUACCUAAAUAAUGAGUAGAACAAAUAUAUUUAUUUAAAAAUAACUGUAUUAUAUUAUAUAGGUCCUUUACCAUUCUGAUAGGUAGUUAUAUUAUAUGGUAGAUACCAAUUAUUAUUAAUUUGACUUACUAUAAAUAUUUUUAAAAAAAUUAAAAGCUUCAAGCAUAUUUUUUUUAAUUGAAAGUUAAAUAAUAUAUGUUUUAUGAAAUUGGUUAAGUUUUCUGAUGGUGGGGGUAAUUGGUGGUGGCUGAAUAUACUUUUAUGUUUUAAGAAUUGCAAAAACACAAAAAAAAUCGAAAAAAAUUAAAAGAAAAAGUUAUUUUAUAUAGAUACCUAAAUAUAUUUUUCGUAGCUUAAACUAAUUAUUUGUCAGAUUUUUAAGUAAUGAAAAUUUUUACAGUUUUAGCAAAGAUAUAUUGGUACAUACAUGUGACAGAAAUUUGGCACAAUUCUAUUAAGAUGUAUUGAUAAAUUUUUUAUCUUGAUUUGUAUUUUUUCAUAGUUUCUUCUAAUUCUUUUUCUUUAUCAUAGUGUAUAUUUUUUCUUUUCUUACUUUAGUAGUUUCCGCCUUAUCUUCUCUUUCUCUUUCUAUUUUCUCGAUUUGUUUUUCCUCUUAUUCUUGUUCUUCUGUCUCUUAUUUGCCUGCUUUUAUUUCUUAUUUCUAUUUCUUUCAUUUCUUUAUACUGUUUUUCCCUUUGUUUGAUAAUCUUUUCACUUAAGUUUUGUUCCACACUGUUUUAAGUUAUUUUAUUUACCAUAUUUCACUAAAUUUUCAUCCUUUUACGUUGUUAAAUAGAUCAAAAAUUUAAUUUUAAUUUUAUGUUCUGUUUGGUAUUUAUUAUGUCUCGUCAGUAUAUUAUUUAGUUAUUUUAAAGUAGAUACCUAAAAGUUAUGUUUUGUAUAAUAUAAUGUUUAGAAGUUAUUGUGGUUUUUUAAAAUUAAAAAGAAUCUGUUUUGCUGUUAAGCAUUUUUAAAUCUUGAUAAUCAAUUUAAUACUAUAUUUUUACAUAAAAAAUAAUUUUACAUAAAAACGGCACAGGAAUUUUUUAUAUCGAUAAUUAACCUUCCAUCAUAGUAAUCUCCCUACAUUACCUAAUCUUCGAAGCUUGUUGAAUUAAAUAAAAUAUUUAUUUGUAA